GGGUCUGGCAGGACGCUGUGAAUUACUAUUAAGCAGUAUUAUCUCCACACACUUCUCACAAGACAAAGAGCACUGCAGACUACUGGAGAUAACACUAUACAUGCAAUGUGUUUGGUGAUAUUCAUAGUGCCGCGUGGCUUCUUGAGUCUAUGAAGCUAAUAUCCACAGGAUGGAUAAGAAAUGCAAAAAGAUGAAAUCCCGUGAGUAGAUGCAACUCAUGAAUAAGUGUAAGACAGCUGAGAGAGGAGAGUUAUGUUCUGUGGGGCCUUCUGCGGGGAAUGUGGAACAACAUGGGAUCUUGUCACAGAUUUUCUUUCAUUGUUCCUUCGUACUCUCCACAAAUUGAUUUUAAUAUGUUGCAGCAAUUAAACACACUGCAUUAUGGUGAUGCAAAAUGUCUGUAAAAGAUAAUGCUGGGACUGAUGGGAGGGGAGAUCAUUUGUAUUAGAUAAGCAGAUACAGAGAUUCUUGCUUUAUAUUUUUUAAAUCAAUAAACAGUGAUUUUCAUGGUGUUUCUUCUUUAAUGAUAGAGAGUCAUAGAACUAAUGAUAGCAUUUGAAUUACAGCAGCUUUUUAUGUCAGCUGUUAGAAAUCAGUUUAAGUUGGAUUUGUAGAAAAUCUUCUUGAAUAGCCAUAAUAGCAUGCACCAUUCAUUUUAAUAGUUCAUGACAGAUGGAAAAGGGAAAGUAAAGAAUAGAAACUGUGGAGAGGUGAUAACAUCAGUUUAGAUGCCACUGAGCUUUUGAAAGUUCAGAAAAGAUUUGGCACAAUUUCUGAUAGUUUUUAAAUAGACUAAUGCCAUGAUAUAAUAGAAACUCCUAUGUUGUGAUAACUAAGGAUAUGUAUUUUACAUUUCAGUAGAGAUGGAAUGUAAUUUCUUCACAAGGAAAGUGACAUUUGUACUGCUUUGUUUAUGUGGCAUACCUGCUUGAUGCUGUAUUUUUACACCAUGGAGCUACAUCUAAGGGGGCUGUUAGGCAGAUGAAACUAUGAAGGACAGAGAUGAGACAGAAAGAUGGUAUAUCUGAAGGGUCCCCAUAUUAUUAAAGGGAGCAAAACCUCCUCAGAAGGUUUAGGCUAAUGUUUAAAUAGGUACUUCUCUGGGCCUUAUUAUGGCUUUCAGGUAAAUAAAGACCAUUUGAAAUUUUGGUAUGCCUGUUACUGAUGAUGUCCAUCAAUCACUGGUCUAGUUUCCAUGAACACUUUUCUUACUGGGUAUCUACUUAGGUUGGGAAGGAAACCCAGUGGUUCAGGCCAGCAGCACUUGUCCUCUGUAAAGAGAAGACGGCAGCAUGCACUGAAGGGGCCUGUCACAGACCUGUGACCUACAGGUGCAACAAGAAAAGCAUUACAGCUUUUCUUCAAGCAAGAAUUCUUCACAGAGAAAUAAAGAGAGUGGUGCGUCAUGUUUUUCAAGUCACUGGGCUUCUUGGCAGCCUGGAUGAUAAAUCACUUGAAGUAGGAGUCACGAGAGCCAAUUACUGCCAGACACUUCUCUUCUCUGCCUCCAGCAGCACGGCAGCAGGGCUAGCACAGGCAGAGACGUCUACUUGCUGAAUAGAAGUGAGCAACAGCAAAGAGUUGAAUGAAAAAAAGAUGAAAAAACUACCCUGACAACUAUUUAUUUCCAUUUCCUCUGGAUUCGUGUGUGAUGAGUGCAUCACAUCUAAGGAGCAUUGGGUAUUGUACGUGUCCUGCACAACAGUCUGCUCCUGAGCAGCAGGUAGAGCACAACAAGAAUGUACUGAAUGUGCAAUAUAGGCACCAAAUAACCACCUUGUACCUGAACAUCUUGAGGAGCCAUCAGGCUUUCCAUCGGUUUGAGCAACACAUUAAGCAACUCCAUGGGAUUCCUGACUAUAUUUUUUUUACGGCAUGUGCUUGCAUUGUAGCUAUGUCUUUCUGCAUGUCUGCUGCAUUAAGUAUGCACACAUUUCUGCCUCAGACAGCCCUGCUAUUGUACAAAAUUGUAUAUAGUUUCACAGCAAAUGCUGAAUGACUUUCAGUUCGAAAAACAAGGUCUAAGAGGCAGAUGAAACAAACAGGAAAGGGGAAAAGGAGUCAUGUUAAAAAAGUCAGCAGCUGAAUUAUUGUUUCAAAGUUGUCCUUUGUUGUGCCUUCCAGCAUUACAAGGGCACAGUGGGGUUCUUCUCAUAGCUUUGAUGGAAAACACUUGGAAUUAUCCCUUAAUGUUUAAUCAUAAGUCUUUAAUGCUGUAGGAAGUUGCUAGGCAUCAAUGUGCUGCCCUUAGGAUGCACUCAUGCAGUGGCUCACCUCAAGACUUGCUGUGCCAGCUGCACGGGGUCCAGAUAUCCGGCUGGGUGAGUGGCACAGGGGAGCUGGGAAGGCAGAGCUUGGCUGAGUUUUCUCCAUUGCAGUUUGUGGGCCUGUUCCUAUACAGGCUUCAGUAUUAAAUCUAAACUCGUCAGCAAGGACAUGAUGAAGGCAUUCUUUGUUUUUUAGCAUUUACAAUCUGUUUAACUCAGUAGCUGCCUUUGUACUCAUAGAUAACAGCAUGUAACGUUAGCUACGUUGUCCAAGUACUAAAUCCAAAUGUUAGGCAUAAAUGAUGCAGGUGUGUGAACUUGAGCAGAUAUUUUUAUUGUGAAAAACUAUUGUUGCUAAAUAACUAACAAGUUUUGCAAGGAAAACAUAAUUAUAAAGAAUCUUUUCCGUCUCCCACGCUAACUGAAUGAGCAGAAUUCUUCCAUACUGCUUUGCAGAUGUUAUUGAAUUACUGGAUUAACACUGGGUUGCUGUUUUACCUUUGCCCCACGCAGCAGAAGAGUGUUGAGUCUUUUGAACUGGAAAGCCUUGACUAUCUUUUUCCCUUUCAAUAGAACUGUACUCAUUCAGAACACUGGGUUUAAUUAUAUUUUAUCUGUACUCCCUGCAUUUUCUUUGUUGAUAAAGGAUCUGCCAAUAGAAAGCAAAUAGGACUGAGAAACAGCCUUCUUUUCAACAACUGUUCCUUAAUUCUUGCACAGAAGAGAGAGGUUCAUAAAUUCUGCUUACACAGUAGAUCAGCAGGGUCUUCCAUCCACUUCUAAGGGCUCAUCUCUGGGCUGAAAAGAUCAAGCAACAACAGGCCGUGGUGGUAUCUUGUAAGACGUGGAAACUGCAGGGUGUCUGCACUGUCCUGUGUUUCCUCCUUAAGCUAAUGGCAUCUGAAAGAGAAGUCCUACUGAAAACAUGGCGUUCUAUUUGAUGAGCACUACUGGAAUUAAAACAACAGUUCCAGGCUUUCUUUUGCAAGAUGGUGCGUUUGCCUCAAGUGGGUGCUUACAGAAGGAAAUUGGCUUUGGCUGAGUUGGUUCAAGUAAAGCUGGCUCAGGCUUCGGAGUGGUGGAGAUGUUAAGUUAAAAGAGAGAAGAAAGCUGAUGAAGCAUCUAUUUUCAAUCAGGGUUCUUCACUGAAGAACAGAUGGACCAAACAUUUCUGUUUAAAAAACGACUGCAAAGUUGAAUUCUUUUGGAGCUCAGCAGCAGCCCUGGUUUUCUGUAUCGCUUCUGGCCAUUUCAGGAAAGGAAGAGCUCGUUAUUAUUAUCAUCCAAAGUGCCUUUUUGCUUCUGGGACCCAAACAGAAUCCCCCCCGCCACCGUUUUAGCAGCUAACAUCCACAAUGGGGGCAACUGAUCCAGCGCGGGAGUUAAAUAUAACCGUGCCUAGUGUAAGGAGAAGAGUGAAUGGGAAAUGGUUGGCAUUCCUUCUUCCUGAAGGCACGGCGAGAGAGGGAGCGGGCGAGAGCCGUGCACACACACAGCCACACAGCAGCACAGACGCGCGGCCGGCGAGGAAGAGGAAGCGAGCAGGAGGCAGAGCAGAGCCCGCAGCUCGCCGUGCCCGCGGCUGGCAGCAUGUCCACCCUCAGCAUGGCCACCUGGGGACUGUACCUGCAGCUCCUCUCCUGCUGGGCUUUCUCUCAGAGCCCCUAUGCUGACGAUGCCUUCUCACUCUCAGCAGAUCUCCCUUGUUUGGAACAGAAGAAGCAGCCUACCCACAGAGCAUGCUGCCUCCUCAUCCCGCCGCCGCCACCCAUGUUCCCACCACCGCGCUUCAGGAACGACUGGAGCUCUAGGCUGCUUGAUUUGGACAUGAAGGGAUUGUGUCAAGAGCUCCAGACAACACAGGCCUUCUCUCUGCCUGAGUCACAUUGCCCUGCAGGGCCUCCUGGCCCCCAGGGUCCACAAGGAAUUCCUGGUAUAAUGGGACCAAAAGGGGAAAAAGGGGAGAUUGGCAGGCCGGGAAGAAAGGGUAGACCAGGUCCCCCGGGUGUCCCUGGGAUGCCAGGACCAAUGGGAUGGCCUGGACCUGUGGGGCUGAAGGGUGAAAAGGGAGAUUUGGGUGUGAUGGGAUUGCCAGGUACCAGAGGACCAAUGGGCUCCAAGGGUUUUCCAGGAACUAGAGGAGAAAAGGGUUCCAGAGGAGACAGGGGUGACAAAGGAGUCAAAGGAGACCAGGGAGAAACAGGCUCCCCAGGAAUGCUGGGACAGAAAGGAGAGAUGGGCCCAAAGGGGCAAUCUGGAGCACCAGGACACAGAGGACCUAUAGGAAGACCUGGAAAACGAGGCAAACAAGGGCAAAAGGGAGACAUUGGACCUGUGGGUAUCAUGGGCCCACCUGGAAGGCCUGGUCCUUCUGGCCAGCCAGGCCCCCCUGGACCUUCAGGAUUAGGGCAUUUUGCAAUCGGACCAAAAGGGGAAAGAGGACUUCCAGGACCUCCAGGAAGAUGUCACUGCAGACCCCCACAGCAUGUGAAUAAUCCACCGUAUGAGGAAUCUGUGUUUGGACACAGGUAUCCAAAAGUCCCUGCGAUUUUUGUGGUGAAUAAUCAAGAAGAAUUGGACCGGUUACACACUGAAAAUGCCUUAGCUUUUAGAAGAGACCAGAGAUCUUUGUAUUUCAAGGAUACCUUUGGAUGGCUCCCAGUCCAGCUCACCCCUUUCUACCCUGUGGAUUACCGUGUGGAGAUUCGCAGUACCUGUGGAGAUGGGAUCAUUCAGGAUGGGGAAGAGUGUGACGAUGGCAACACGGUUGUGACAGAUGACUGCAUAAGAUGCCGCCGUGCUUAUUGCGGAGACGGCUACAGACAUGAAGGGGUGGAAGACUGUGAUGGGAAGGAUUUUGGAUAUUUGACAUGUAAAACAUAUCUCCCUGGGUCUUAUGGAAAACUGCGAUGCACUUCUUACUGCUACAUUGACUCUACACAGUGCCGAUACUUCACAUGAGGGGAGCAGAGAAGGGCAGCAUCCCACACAUCACGGGGUGCGAGGUGCUAUGCUAUUGUCUAUCCAGGAAGGUCUGGGAUUAAAAAAAAAAAGAAGAAAAAGGAAAAAAAAAAGCCAUCUCUGUGUGAAAACAAUCAGACUUUGUGCCGCUGAUGGCCAUUUUGAGAUGUUUGUCUUUCUUUUAAUCCAUUAAGCCAGAUUCUCAAAACAUAGGACCACUGUAUCCUGUCUUAAUAGAGAAACUCAAACAGUGCUUGCCAGUAAGACCCAUGGGGAUGUGUGUGGGGACUUACUCUGUCACAAAUGCUACUGGAAACCAAAUGCCACUAACCAGGAAUAUUGUGUAACAAGACAACAUUACCUCGGCUUAGCACUGUUCAGCCUAAAUUAAGUUCUUCAGGGUUUUUGUUUUUCAGCCUUCUCAGCAUAAACACAAAGCAUAUCUUGGACAUAGUGUUUAUAGAGACUUUCUCUUUUAUUACCAUGUGAACUUCCUUUGUGUUGUAUCCAGGGGGGUGUGUUGAUGGCUUCAGCGGCAUCGUGGUUAGCUGCACGGCUUUGUGGGUCAGAGGAGCAGGGGCCUUCCAGUAAAUGCUUUAAAGACAAGCAGAUGAGGCAAAAACCCUCCAGGAAAAUGGUCGGGCUGCAUCCAUCUGCACCAUCCACAGAAAUGUGGGCUAUCACGCCAAGUCUCAGCCCGCAGGUCACAAAGGCCAAAGGGGGCAACCAAAUGGUGAUGCAGCCAAGGUGCUCUCGGUUCAAGGAGGACAUCAGGCUGGGAGCAGAGACAUAGGAUGAGCUGCAUUCUGUGUGAGCCUAACAGGACUGGGGAAGUGUUGGGUCAGCAAAGCUGCCCGCCUGGAACCUCAAUGCAACCACGCCUGCACUCUGGUCUCGGCAUUGAAAGGCCUUGUUCUUCUCUCAUGAUCCACCCCAACUCCAUCCUUCCAUGAUGGCCGUACCCAUCCUGUGUACUGACCCCUCUGGACCACUCUCCUCUCCUGCCGUUGUCUGGAGCACCCUGCAAUGUGCCUCCUUACUUUUAUAUCCCCGUGACACAAAUCCUGGCCUAGUGCACUUGUGGGUGCUCGUUCAUGCUGUAUGAUGUACAUAUAUCUUUGUUUUUCAUGAUGUUUGGUCAACUCUGCUAGCUCUGAUAGGAGUCAGGGUAAUUAUCUACUUAUUUAUUAGCACGCAUUUAAGAACAGAUUUCAUAUGGGAAGCAUAUUAAAUACUGUAUGUGCAAAAGGGUUCAUAACAGAGGAAAAUGGUACAAAGAUGUGUGGAAUUCAGGACUAAGAGCCUCAAACCAAGGUGUGAUUUUCAUACAGGCCACUCUUUGCUGCUUUGCUGCAAAUGCUGUACUUUAAUGUUUGAAGUGUAUGAGUUGCUUGUCACAACGGGAGCACCACAGCAGCUGCACUUACACGGUUACUUCUUACAGGUUGAAUAAAGGUGGGUAUUACGUUAUAAUGAUAAUGCAUUAAAGCAACCAAGAAUACAUACAACUUCUACCACGUGUAUAGGAGGCUUUAGCUCUGCAUGUCCAAAGUGAUGCCGGAAAUCAUCAAUUAAAAGUAAAAUAAAAUUAAUGUACUUUAUGGCUAUUGCUUACCUGGGCUGCUUGUGCUGUGAAGCUCAGCCACCAACAGCUGUAGCCUGUUUCAAUAGCUCAGAACCUUUCUUCUCGUUGCCUUGUUUUGCUUUUUCUUUUUAAUUUAAACAGAGGUCUUAAUAAAAGGUCAAAGAACCAAAGGGGCAAGGAACUCGCCAUAAGCUCUGGAAAUCCGUGCACUAGAAUAGCUGCCUUGUAAUGUCCCACACUUGUGCACAGGAAUGGGUUUCAGCUGGUGGGAUCCUGCUGGGAUCCAGCACUUUCUCCAAGGAGUCCAUCUCCACUUGCAGCCCCCCAGAAGGCUGGAGGCCUUGAAAAAUGUGGACGUCCCAGUGGCCUUUCACUUUCAGCUUUAAGUCCUGUUGUUUUUAAAAGCUCCUACCUCCAAAGGACAUUGUAAAGCCAAAGUGCACCAAGGGCAGGAAAAGAAAAACAAGUCAUGAUCUCACACAUCAAAUUGUAGUGUGCUGCACAUAGAGAAGAAGUGCAGCAUCAGCCCAGUCAGAAAACAAAGCGUGGAUUUUAGAAGGACUGUAUUAAUACAGCACAAAAAAAAUUCAACAUCUUAACAAAAGGAAAUGCAAGUUGUAAGGGAAAAAAAAAGUCAUGGAACAAGUUUCUUACUACCAUUGUUGUCUUGUUCCCCUCUGAUGAUAAAGCAUCAUAAAAAACAUCUGAGGAGGUGUUUAAGUAUUCAUGUUAUAAAAGACUGCAAAUAAACCUUCCUCCUUAAUUCAGAUGUAUCUAUUAUUAAUUGAGGAUUCAUCAGCUGGAUGGUGCCUGGGAUGCUAUGAUUUACCUUCCCUCCUUGCCUGAGUUUCUUAAUGCAUUGUGCCAAGUGUGGCUCAAAAGUUGAUUGAGAUACUUCAGUUCCUCGGCCUUCUGUAGCAGCAAAUGCCUGUGGGAAAGUUUUCUAAUCAUUAAUGCGCAGCUGCAGAUGAACUCGGAAUUAGUAGGAGCUUACAUCAUGCACUCUAUUUAAUGUAUACUAAAAAGCCAGCUUGCACUUAAUAUGUGAUUAAAUAUGUGUAGUUACCUACUGCAUGUAUUAACAGCUCGUGUCAAUAAAUCAUGCUACCUUA